AGAGAGAGCGCGUGGGGGGCCAUGGCUUGCUCAGCCUCGUACCCCACCCCAGCCACGUCAACGAACAUCAGCUGUGAAAUUGAUUGAGACUUAACACCUGGAGAUAUUGAUUGUCACUCUGCCAUACGGCAAAGGUCUCAUCUACAAGUAGGGAGCCUCCGGUCAGGGGCCAUAAUGUCAUUGCAAGAAAAUCAUGGACGUCUCCAGCGGGGCUUGAGCUCCAGUGUUACAUCGCGAUUCCGCAUCGUCGAACCGGAGGAAAUACGAUUCCGGCGCCGUCUCCCUGGCGAUUACGACAGCAAUUUCUCCGAUGAAGAGGAACAAAUCAGCGAGAGAGGCAACAUGAGCGAGGGGACCAUUGCUGUUUCCUAUGUCAUCGGCUCUGACGGAACAAAAAGGGUAGAGAUACAUUCCAAGCCCCUCGUCGAGGCGCUCGGUCGAGCAACCAAGGAUUCCACCCGCAGAGGACCCGCAGACUUCUUCACUGAGAGCGAGCCAUUUCCCACUCUCUUCUACCAUAUAGAGGAUAUAAGGGAGGAGAUUGCGAAGUCCGAUGAUGAAGAUGCUUCGCUCGAUCUUAAGGCUUUGGAACGGGUCGCAGCUGAAAUGGCGCCAUUGUGGCACAAGGCACGCGCCGAAACCUUUGAGUCAGGGUUUGUCAGCUACGAUAUGCUGUGGAAACUGUUCCAGACCGAAGAACCGGUUCUUCAUGAGGAUGAAAUUGGCUGUCUAUGGCAGUUCAUCUUCAUUGAUAUAACCUAUCAUAGCGCGCAGCGGCAGCGGCGCCGGCCCCCGAAAGAACAAUGUGCGGCCUUCACUGUGUGGGGCCUGAAGUGGGACAAUGUCGAGCAGCAGUUGAAGAAAUUCUCAUUUACAAGGUUCCAGAAUUUGCCGGUCGCAAAUCGAUUACGUCGCUACCUCUUGUCCCACUCAGAUAUAGAGGCGAGCGCUCCGUUGAUGAGAUUAACAGAUCCCUCGCGGAAAGAGGGCGACGCUGGUGGAAGCUCAUCGAAGCGCGAACAUCUUGCCUCGAUUACAACGGACUUGCAUUCUCGCUUGGUGGUGAGAGGGAUAACGUAUACAACCCCCAAAAGCGGACGAGGGUAGGUUCGCCGCAGUGAACUAUAAUUUAUGUUGGGGUUCAAGGAGCUGAACUGUCGCCAGGUUGAGGGAAGGGUGAUUAUCGACGAAGAUGCGAAGGAAGUGUUGCCCUACAAGUUUAUGAGCCUUUUGCCCAAGAGGGAUAACAAUGAGUAUAUUGUUCCUUCAAUCAAACAAAAGGAAGGAAAUCAGCAGGACAGCUUACAGCCCACGGCUGAGUUGACCGAUGAGCAGGCGAGAUUAUGCCCUGCUAGCAUAGGUUGUCAUAGUCUCUCUGAUAUGCAGCUCUAUGCCGCUAGUGUUGAGCGGUUGACACCAGUAGCAUGGGAUGUGGGCGCUAUGGAUCACCUUGUGUUGGAUGAAAAGAAGAAGGACAUUUUAAAGGGCCUAGUCGGCCAACAUUAUAAUAGCCAGGAUCAUGAUAUGAGAAGUGAUAUUAUCGACGGGAAAGGAAAA